AUCUACUAUUGCUACUGUUUAAACUAAUUUAGUUGUAUUUGCAGUCCGGUUUCGCGAAAUUCGCUCCCUUUUUUUGUCUCCUUUUCUAUUUUCUAGGGCUUAUUGUUUGUUAUCAGUCACAAAAAAGAAAGAAAUAUGAAAAGGAAAAACUGUUUAGCACUUGGAUUGUCGUUGUAGACUUGGGUGUUUGUCUUUUAUUAGGGUUAGGGUUUUGAUGUUUAUGAUCAUUUGCUGAUUGCUCGCUGGUCGUUUCACAAUUAGACUUGCAAAGCUUUUCGCUUUGAUUAUCAGUAGCUAUUGCUGAUUGCUAGGAGAAGGGAAAAUGAUGAGGGAUAGGAGAUACGGAGGGGAUAGGUUUCGGUCCCCAACACCUCCGCCUCGGAGACUAUCUCCGCCCCGGCCCCCAGCGAGGUUGCGGGACCGCAGAUACUCUCCUCCGCCACCACGGAGGCGGCACAAUAUGGAUGUGGAGGAUGAGAGACGUGAUGGAGGAGGACAUUCAAGGAGAGAUUAUGAUAGAUACCAUGAAAAGAGUUUUGAUCGUGGAGGAAGGGAGUAUGAGAGGAACUUCAGUCGUGGAGAUAGAGGGAAUGAGAGGGAAUAUGACAGGAAUUUCAGCCAAGGGGAUAGAGACAAGGAUAGGAGUUUCAGUUGUGGAGGUGGUGAUGGAGGUAAUGGUAGGAGAUUUAGUCGUGGAGAUGGGGAUGGAGAUAACUUUAGGAAUUUUAGUCGUGGAGGUCGAGGGAUGAGGAUAUCAGAUUACAGUGGUGGUGGAGAUAGGGAUAGAGUUAGAGAUUAUGGUGAUAGAGAAAGAGAUAGAGAUGAUGGGCGUUCAAGGAGUAUGCAUCAGUCAAGUGGCAGUGGGGAGUACACACGGCGUGUGUAUGAAUCCAAUGAAAGAACUUCCUCCAAGUUCAGAUGGGAUCCUCUCUUCAGUGAAACCAGAAAAUCAGAUGGCUUCAAAAGUUCGUUGGAUAAUGGGGUUGUUGGUAGAGGAGUAAGGACUGAUCUGGAGUACGAUUAUAAGAGGCAUAAGUACUUUGACAAGGGGUAUGAUGGAUUGGUACUUGAUUCCAAACCUCUGUUGGUGGAAGCUGAAAGGGGAAGGGAUUAUUCUAGCUCCACUUAUCCUAUGAACAUCAGCUUUCCAACCAAAAGUUCUGGCCAUGUUGAUACAUUUGGAAGUGGCAUGUCAACAUCAUCACAUUAUUCAAUUAAUUGUCUUCACAAAGGUGAAGACUUCCAUUUUCACGCCAAGUUUGAUUCAGAGAAGUUAGUUAAAGAUGGGCCAGUCUUGAGGGAUCCAUUGGCAAGGGAAUCAUAUAAAGAUAAGCCCUUGACCUAUUCAAACAUGGAUACUGAUUAUAUGGUGCCAUCAUCACGGUUGAAGGAUUUUGAUCCAGUGCAUCUUGGGAGUUUCAAAGAGGAUAUCCCACCUGCAUUGAGGGAUGAACUUCGCAUUCCUUCUGGUGGAAUUAGAAUCACCACUGGAGUUGAGACUAAUUCUAUUGGCUAUGAUGGGCGUCGACAGAAGUCACGAACCAGGUCUCCUGUGGAUCAUGAAGGGAGAUUAAGAGAGUUUAAGAGUUAUUCAAGGUCAUAUCUUGGUGCUGCUGAAGAGAGCCGCAUGGACAAUGCAUACCCUCUAGUUGGCAGCAGCAAUGGAGGUGGUACACUUCCCAGGUCAAUUGACUCUUAUGGAAAGAGUCUUGGCAUUGGAGAAGACUACAGGUCACAAGAUUCAUCAAGGUUGGGCAUUUUGGAAGGUGAUGAAUCCUCUCAUCAAGGAUAUUCUAGAGGGAGCAGGAUGUUGGACCACCAUCCUGCUUCACUUGGACACCCCAUUUCUGACCAUUAUGAUGCACAGCAAUCCUUCCAUGCAAGAAAGAAGGAUGUGGAUGAUCAAGGUUAUGGAAGUGCUCAACCUAAGUAUGAAAGGGAAAUUUAUCAUGGCCUCGAAAGUUCCAGAGUAGGAGAGCAUAAUCAUGAUCUUGAGAUAGCUCAUGGUCCUCGGUCUCAUCACAGGCGAUCAGAUGUAUUACCAUCUAGAGAAUAUGAUCCACUCUUAGAUGAUACUGAUGGUGGAUCUCACGAGAAAUUGGUCUUGGGGAAUAUGAAUUUGUCUAAACCGUCCAAGAACAGGCUCAAGCGGAAACAUGCAGAAAAGCAAUUCAUUCAGCAUGGAAGUACGAGUUAUGAUCUAGGGGAUGCCCGUGAACCUUGGGAUGAUAAUGUGGAUUCAAACAUACCUUCAAGGAGUUUGAAAGUGGGUAACUCCGGAUAUGGGAAGUCUAGAAGGACAUUAAAUAUGGCAGCCCACCAUCAAUCACCCUCUGGCACAAAUACAUUCUCUUCAUCCGUUCAUACAAGAAAAACCCAGAUUUCUGGCCCUAGAGAUAUAAAGAAACGGCUUGGGCCAGUUGCUGAGAAAGUUCAUGUUUCCCAACGUCUAGCAAAGAAGUACAAGCCUUCACUAAGAAAACGGUUAGGACCUGGUCCUCAAAAGAAUCGUGUUACUCUCCCAUGGCUGAAGAAUCUGAAUGCUGCCAAUCUGCCAAGAAUUCAAGAUGGUUCAGGUGGAAGCGAUCAUGAUCAAGGGGAAGAUCCCCAGGCAGAAAAUGUUACUCUUGCAAAGCCCGAACCUCCUGAAAAGUCCGAGGAUUUUAAACAGCUGGUGAAUAUUGCAUUCUUCAAGUUUGUCAAACAAUUGAAUGAUACUCCGGCUAAAAGAAGAAAAUACAAGGAGCGGGCAAUUUCUGGUAGUUUGAAGUGCAUCGUGUGCCGCAGCCAGGAAGAGUUUGUUGGCACAGAGGGUUUGGCAACACAUGCAUUCACAUCUCAAGAAAUUGGCUUAAGAUCGCGUCACUUGGGUUUUCAUAAAGCACUUUGUGCACUUAUGGGAUGGAAGAGUGCAGAGAAGCCAAAUGUUACAUGGUCACCUGAAAUGUUGUCUGAUGCGGAAAAUUUAACACUAAAGGAAGACCUCAUUUUGUGGCCUCCAGUGGUGAUUAUCCACAACGGUACCAUUGGAAAUAAGAGCCCUGAUCAGCAGGUUAUUGUAUCUAUUGAAGAACUUGAAACUAAACUAAGAGAAAUGGGCUUUGGAGACAAGACUAAGGUGUACCGUGGAAAACCUGCAAAUCAAAGUGUUUUGGUGGUCGAGUUUACUGGUCGGCUGUCGGGGUUGCAAGAGGCUGAGAGGCUUCACAAGGUUUAUGCUGGAAACGAUCAUGGGAGGGCCGAGUUCUUACGGAUCAACCAGAUUGGGGAAACAAUAUCUGCUCCAGUGAACAAUAUGGAAAAUAUUCUGUAUGGUUACCUGGGGAUUGCAGAAGAUCUGGAUAAGCUGGAUUUUGAUGCCAAAAGACGUCGCGUUGUGAAGAGCAGGAAAGCAAUUAAGGAUAUUGCAGAGGCUUCCAUGAAGACACAAUGACGAAACAAUCAAUUGCAGGGAUGUUUUAGGCUGUGUGAACGUGUAGUUCAACUCGUUUUCAUUCGUUUUGUUGCUUGUCGCCAGUGCUGCUUUCUUAUAUGUAGUCACUCUUUUUGGGAUGAUGAUGAGGAUUAAAGUUGAUGGAUCUUUUGACUUGGCAUUUUAGAACAUCACCUCAAAUUGGAUGGAACUUUUGGAUACUCUAGUUACUAUAUUAGGUUUAACCGUGGAGGAAAGGUCUAUGAAGACGAAAUAGAUUGUGUUUUCAGUUGAAUGGACCGACCGUCUUUACUGCAAACUUUCUGGUUCAU